AUGUUUCGUGCUGUUGACUCUGCGGAUGAGGAAGAGGAGCAGGCGGAAGAGGAUUGUCCUGAAUUGGUCCCCAUUGAGACGAAGCAAAGAGAGGUGGAGGAGGAGGAGGAAAAGUCUGCCCCCGGCGCUAAGAUCCCAGUCACAAUUAUCACCGGGUAUUUAGGUGCUGGGAAGACAACACUUCUUAACUAUAUUUUGACAGAGCAACAUAGUAAAAGAAUAGCAGUGAUUUUAAAUGAAUUUGGGGAAGGAAGUGCAGUGGAGAAAUCCUUAGCUGUCAGCCAAGGUGGAGAACUCUACGAAGAAUGGCUGGAACUUAGAAACGGUUGCCUCUGCUGUUCCGUAAAGGACAAUGGCCUUAGAGCUAUUGAGAAUUUGAUGAAGAAGAAAGGGAAAUUUGAUUACAUACUGUUAGAGACCACCGGAUUAGCAGAUCCUGGUGCUGUAGCUUCUAUGUUUUGGGUUGAUGCUGAAUUAGGGGUUGAUAUUUAUCUUGAUGGUAUCAUAACUGUUGUGGAUUCAAAAUAUGGAUUAAAACAUUUAGCAGAAGAAAAACCUGAUGGACUUAUCAAUGAAGCUUCUAGGCAAGUUGCUUUGGCAGAUAUCAUCAUCAUCAAUAAAACAGACUUGGUUUCAGAAGAGGAUUUAAACAAAUUAAGAACAACUAUUAGAUCAAUAAAUGGACUGGGAAAAAUUUUAGAAACACAGAGAUCAAGAGUUGAUCUUGCGAAAGUAUUAGAUCUUCAUGCCUUUGACAGUCUCUCUGGAAUGAGUUUGCAGAAAAAACUUCAACAUGUGCCAACAACACAACCUCAUCUUGAUCAGAGUAUUAUUACAGUCACAUUUGAAGUACCAGGAAAUGCAGAGGAAGAAAGUCUAAAUGUUUAUAUUCAGAAUCUUCUGUGGGAAAAGAAUGUGAGGAACAGGGAUGACGACUGCAUGGAGGUCAUACGACUGAAGGGGCUAGUGUCAAUCAAAGACAAACCACGACAAGUGAUUGUCCAAGGUGUCCAUGAGCUAUAUGAUCUGGAGGAGACACCAGUGAACUGGGAAGAUGACAGUGAGAGAACAAAUCGAUUAGUCCUUAUUGGUAAGAAUUUAGAUAAGGAUAUUCUUAAACAACUAUUUAUAGCUACUGUGACUGAAACAGAAAAGCGAUGGGCAACACAUUUCCAAGAGGAUCAAGUUUGUCCAUAA